CAUCCAUAGGCCAGGCCAACAGCCAACAAUAUUUCGCGGUUCUUCGCUCUGCUCCGCUUUACUUCGAAUGGUUCAGUCGUGUUUCGAUCGCGAAGAAGUAAACGUGAAGUGAGUCGGGUGCUGUUAGUUUUUAUCGUCUGUCUUUCGGUUGGGUCGAUCAGCCGCCGAAUUCGAAUCAUUACCUACUGAUUGUGCAAGUGCGGAAGAUGGGAAAAACGGAAGAAUUGGGAGAAUAAACCGGAGUUUGUUGUUUUGUUUUUGUGCGAAUUUCUGUGAGGCUCUGGCUGGAGCUGGAAAAAAUCGGCCUGAUAAGGGACAGGCGAAUCUGGGUUUGAACUUUGUUUCUGCUGUUGGUAGUGCAAGUGUUAGCGACCUCCGUCUUUCUUUUUCGCUCUCUCGGUGAACCGAGAGAUCGUGUAACUGCACUUGACACACUCGGGGUAGACUUGGAGAUCCUCGGGUACUUAGUGACAGCUGGAAAGGUUUUGUUUAUCUUUUAUACGAGAGUACGAAGUGAAAUGAAAGUGUGGUGUUAUUGCGAAAAUUUGAAUGGAUACAAUCUUAGCUCGUGGUAGAUUCUUGUGAGAUAACAAAUGUGUAAUCGCGCUUAAGGAGCGUUGAAGGCGAAAUUCUGUUGUCUAGCUCUUCAAAUACGUUAUAAGAGGCACACGACUGCCGUAAGGUCCCCGCAUGGUUAUGUGAGCUGUUUUGUAGCAUAGUUCGAGGUGUCACGUUUAUUGUGCAGCUGAAACUUGUCGCCAAUUAGGAUUCAAUUGUGCAAGUCGCCCGAUUCAGCGGUAGAAGCCGCCUAUAAAUGUUUUUGCAAUAUUUCUCAUUUUUCUAUCCAGUGUAUCCAUCGUAGACGUGCUAAUUGUACUAAUUCGGUCAUUGUUAAACCGAGAGUGAGCACGCCUAAAAAUUAAGAAGUUUCAACCGGUUCGAUAUCGUGUGGUCUACUUAUUCGAUUCUUCUUAUUGGAAAUCCAUCUGUGAAGGUGCCAACAAAAGGAAAACGAAACGAAGAUCCCCCCAAGCACUUCCACGACAGAAGUCGGUGUUUUGUAGUGAAUUGAAAUUUGUCUGCGGUCGUGUGACCUAUAUUGUGUGACGAAAGACGAAUUUCGUUGAAAACCUGUGGCAGUGUUUUUGUCUACUCUAAAUAACCAUAAUAUACCUUAAAGAAGCGACAGCGUGCUCAUCCAAAACAACAAAGUGAGAAAAAAAUAAACGAAACAACCUUACCCGAAGACCCAACCACAUGUGCCGCAGCGCGUCUGAAAUUUUAAAAUUCAAAAAGGUGGUCAUUCAUGUCUCAAAAGGAAUAACAAUCGCCAAAAAACAACAAAACUCGGCUGCGAACCCUCGGCUUUUCUCCGUUGCCGAAGCACCAAAACCGUCAAUCUGAAACAGAAAAAAACGCCCCAAAACAGACGUUAAGCAAAAGACGUUACGUCCUUUCCAUCUCCAGCAUGUCCAUAUAUUUAGUCACCAGGAAGUAGCUACGCAUCGCAUCGCCCCAAGAGGGUAUUCGCACAUUCGACAGUUGCGCGACCUCUGGUUCUUUGAGGCCCCACCUGCCCUUGUAUCCUGCCCGCCUACCGGACUUCACGACCCAAAAGCGCGCCGCUGAAUAGGUUUUAGCCUUUUUGGGCCCACGGCGGCUCCUCAUCCGGGGGUCAAGCGCGAAUCAAGAAUCGCUUCAUCAUCUUAAAGUUAUCUGCUAGGCGGUGCCAUCACCUAUGUAAGGCGCAGUAUCACGGCAACGGUUUCAAAGAUCGGAUCGAAGUUGCGCACGGCGGAGAACUUCCAUUCUACGAGACAGAGACUGAGAACGGCUCCUCCAGGAAGUUUAGCAAGUCGACCGGAACUUUGUUGAAAAUUUGGCAGUUAGAAAGGCCGAAAUCUUCGCGAGACCCAUCGGUGAUCGGAAGUUGCGGCUGGACGUGCGCGUGUGAAUUGGUUUUUUCAAGUUUUCUAGAGGAGAGCGCUUUUUUUCUUGCUCUGGAAGACCGGUUACUUUCGAUUUCGCUUAAGGUGGCCUUUUUGGAAGAAAGGUGUUUCUCGAAGCAUAGUGAUUGGAUUCCGUAGAGUUGGCAUUUUUUCUUCUUGUUGUUUGCUGUUGGAGAGAGAUUAAUUGAGACCGAACAGUGGUUUUUGUGUUUUGUAAUUUGCCGCCUACCAAAUCGAUAGGUUCCAGCUGAAGAAAUAAAAAAAAAUCGUGAGAGUGAAGCGAAACAUCGGGCUGACAAAUGAUAUGAAAAAAAAAAACCGAGAGAUAACCUUGAAAAUGUCAAACAACUAUUGAUUUCGCGUGACGGCAUACCUAGAAUUGGAAAACACCGCACUUGAGAAGAAACUUUGUCCAUCCGGAGAGAAAACAAAUCAUUAUUUUUCUUCUAGUUCAUCCAUUUUUUUUUUUGUAAAUAAUCCUGAGCAGUUUGUAUUUAAGUAGUAGUGGAAGAGUUGAAUAACUUGUGCGUAUCAGUGUAAUAAAUGUUUACAAAUGUUAUCAAUUAAGUGCUACAAUCAACGUGUUUAAAAGGGGAAAAUACCAGGGAAAGUGUGAAUACAGCCGAUUAUUGUGAACCAGGAAACGGAAUCACGCAGCACCGAACGCACAGAAGCAUCGAUCGUGGCGUAGUGAUUGUAUACGCGCGUUUGUUAUUUUAUGUGUGUUGCACCACCCAUCAUCUGCUUUGCGGCCGAAAAGAAGAAACAGCAACUUCAGAGUCGAAUAAAAGCAGCCAUUCAUUGAUUGUAAGUACGUUUGCUUAAACUGGUGCCUCAUCGAUAGGAAGUUUCAGCUUUAUGUUAUGCAAUGAGAUAGACGGGUGGCAGAACAAACCUCAGACUGUCCAUUGAAAAUGCUGUAAAUCCCUAUCGUGUCAUCCAGAGAGUGGUAAACAACUUUGCAAAAUUCAACAUGGCAUCACUAACGCUAAUCCUGCUGAGCUACAGCGUGUGUAUGUUCACACUAGCACGAGCUCUCCCGAUCACAUCGAAACCCCUAGACAACAGUCCAGAUCACCUGACGUGGGAAGCUUCGUGGUUGUCAGGAGACUCUCGACUAGCCGGAAGUGGUGGUAAGGCGAAAAAGAUUACUCCCAAGUCCAUUUUCAUCGCACCGCAGCUGAAUGGAUACAACGGAUCUUUAUGUCCGCCAGAUAGUAAGAUCGAUUACACCGGCAAGUGUAUCCAGGUGGUGAACAUCAACACCGCCGACAUUUUGGUAACUAAGCUACAAAGUAUUUUAGGAAACGGUGGAGCAUUACCUGGCGGUGACGCAGACUACGAUUAUGACUACGACCCUUCGGGUCCGUUCCAGGUUAAUCUGCCUCUGAGUAUAGAUCUGCCAGGGGAGUCACCGAUCCAACCUGCAAAACAGGUUGACCCCAUAUAUGAAGCGGCAAUACUUGAGGUACCCAGUACUACUACCGUUAGAGUUCUUGAAACUACAACAUCACAGAGUAGUACUCCUAAGGAACAGCCGACAUUUCUCAGCCAUACAAGGAAACACAUUAUGGAUCAAGCUGCUGCCGAGACUCACACCGACAUUUCGUUUAUCGCAUUUGAAAGCCUACCGAAUGGGACAGUAUCAACGCAGCUCGAGGUGGACGGCGCUAAUGGAACCAUCAUUCAAAACAUUGUUCUUAGCUCCACUGAUGCUGCUCCGACAACUUCCACUACAGUUGACAGUGAAUCUCCUUCAAGCGUUAGCACAACUACUCUCACAAGUACUAGCGCUGACAUUCCCACAAGCACUAUGGUGAGCACAACAACCGAAGAACUGGGGACAUCUACAACUGAAUGGAAUUUUCCAACUGAAGAUAGAACGAUUACACCUGGAACAACUACCACUGAAGUUUUGAGUACAACGAUGGAAAUGAAGAGUACUAUGAGUAGCGCAUAUGCGACAACAACGCAGCAGAUCGCAAACGACACACCAGAUAAUGAGUUUAGCAGCCUGAAAACAGAGCUUGCUGAAGAUUUACUCAUUUUGGGAACAUCUAGUACAGCCACAACCGAACUCCCCUCUACGGAUGUAUCGGAAUUGAAUGCAGAUUUGUACAGUACAGCUUCCAGCACUAUAGAAUUCCAAGUUACAAGCACCACAUUCGAUCCUACCGAAAGCACAUCGACCGUGGAGCCUCCAACGACUAAAGUUUUGUUUCAAGCUAUGCCUGCUAGAAGAAAUAGACCUUCCCCAAAACCUGUUCAGAUAGUUACACCUGUAAGGACUAAGUGGUACAGCCCACCAGGAGCAACUCCUCCUCCAUUUGUCAUUGCUAGCUACACUCAACAAGAGCGUACGACAAGAGCCACUCCAGAAACGACAACAGCGGCCACAAUUCGCGCCACUGACUACACUUCUCUUUCAUUCACUAACGACACUGAAAACGAUAAACGGAACCAAGAACUCAUCCAUCGGCAGGAGUUAAAGGACAACCUUCGUGAGACCAUGGAUUCCAACAAUCGUUUCGUUUAUCAUCACCUUCCUGUUCCGAGUGCCUCGAUUGUACCGGCUCCAGCGAAGCCGACGACAGUGCCAGAACACAAUUACAUCGAUCAGCUGAGAAAGAUUAAUGAAAUCGUGGCCGAGAACAAGAACCGUCACCACCAAGCAGCGAUGGCGAGUAACUCACGUGUUCGGUUUCCUACUAGAGACGAAGAUCAAUCCCCAGCGGCCACCAAUAGUCAAGUGGUUCGAUUCCCUGGUUCAGUGUCCAGUCGCUAUUCACAGCAAACAAACAGAUUGCCGGACAUCUUUCCCAAAAAAUCUGCCGACACCACAACACAACGCCCUCCCUUCUGGUGGCUUCCUACUGGAUGGGAAGUUGAUCAAACCGGGCAGAAACCGAUGCUCUUGCGAUUCUGGUCACGGAUGCCGUUGGUGCGAGACGAAUCACUAACCACAGGAUCCGGUAGCAGUAGCAGUACCUCCAGCGGAAGUCCGCCCGAUUACUCGAGCACCAAUCGGUGGAAACAUUCGUCGAGAGCUUCGAGCAACACUUCACCUUCUCAUUCAACGACUUCUCGAAGAGGCAACUCCCGAAGUCCCAGCGAAAACUUUUACAAGGAAGUUUCUUCACAGGAUGUUUACAAGGUGCUCAACAUGCGCCAGCUAAAGCACAAUAGAUAAACCAGAUACUCAACUCAGACCAUGUUUGUGUAGUUUUUACCCCGCGCGCCAGCUUUAAGUAUUAUUUAAUUGUGAACAAAAAUUGUGUAUAGACAGAAAGUAUAACGCUAUUAGUGGUAGAAUUAGUUUUAGUAGAAAGAACACCAUUUCGUAUAUGAUGUCGCUAACAAACAAUACACAAACCCGCAACAUUUUUGGAACGCACAUAUUCAAAUAUCAAAAUGUGAGGAAGGCUAGCACUUGUUUUACAUAAGCUAUAUUAUCCAUGAGUAUUCUCUUGUUUCGUUUCCGUAACAAUUCGUGAAAUAACUGUGAUAUUUAUUUGGCACCUUCAGUGUGCUGCUUCAAAAAGCUAUAAAGGGGCAUUUUUUGGUCUAUGAAAAAUACCUUCUUUUAUCUAGCAUAACAAUCUUAAAUUUGAUCUUUACUAAAUUGGGUUUUUCAGGUCAUUUGUCUUUUAAAAUUUGGUAGAAUGACGAAAAAAUAUUAACAUUUUUAGUUAGUUAUCAUUGCAUGGGAAACAUUUUAUUUGGUCUUUAGCAUGUGAAAUUGUACAUAAACAGGUAAGAUCAAGUUUUCGAUCGAUUUUCAAUUUUUUUUCUUACCUUAUAUUAAAAAUUCAGAAGCAAUAAGAGCUCUAAUUUGAGAAUCCAUAUAAAAAUUUAAAUUAAAUGUCUAGUAGUACGAAAAUCUAGAUUCAGUUUCAUAGAAUCCAUUUCAAAAUUCAAAGAGCUUCAUGAAGAAUGAAAAUAUAAAUUUUCAUAAAAGAAAAGCAAAAUUUGAAUUAGCUAUAUUGAUUAGUGUUUUAAGUUUCACAAAACGAUAUGAUCCUUUAAAAAUUAUGGAUAUUAUAAAAAUUUUUGAGAAAAUUAAAAUUCUGUUUGAAUCAAUCAAUUUUGAGUUUUUUUUUGCUAAUAUUUAAUAAUGCCGUACCUUGGACCUUGACAUUUUGACUAAUUUACAAUUUCAUAUACUCGAUUUCAAUAAAGACAAAUACAGCAUGCAAACCCCAAUUCGAAAUUAGAUAAAUCAGUCUUCUUUCCUCACAUCGUUGUAAUUCAGGAGCACCAUUAUUCACACAAAUAAAUAUUCAGUAAUUUGUACAUAUCUUAGGAUUGCCGGAGCAUUUGCAUAAAUUUAUAAAUCUGAUUCAACUGUUAUUUAAAACAAACGAAAGCCUAAAGGAUAUUUAUGCGACUAUAAUCAAAAACAAAACUAUGUCAGCUGGAAACGAAUCAAAAACAUAAAUUAGUUAAAGCAUAACUACAUGUAUGGAUGUGCCAAAAAGUAAUACAAAAUCAAUCGACUCGUAUUGCCAAACUCCAAGUAAGAAACAUCACUUUGUAAUUAGUUAGCGCUGUAAGGUUGCGUGUUAUUUGCAUGUUUUUAUCAUAUAAAAAUAUUGCAAACCAUAUUCGGAAGUCUCUCUAAGUAUUGUGAAUUGAGCUAAACUAAAACGAUCUUCCAUCUUUAUCGAGUUGUUUAUCGAGCAAAACAGAUCAGCAAUGCCAGCACCCUCUGUAAAUAUACUUAAGCACAUUUUAUACAGCAAGAUAUUCUCACAUUACGAUAUCCAAGUUGGAAUAUAAUUGUGUUAGUGUGUACAUUGUUAAUCCUCAAGCAAAACAAAUACUUAAUUUACCUUAGCAUUAGGAAAGCAGCACAAAAACGUUUUACGACAUUUGCCAACAGAAGCCAACAGCCGUGUGAGCAUUAAUGCCAACUAAUGCUUACGCUCUGGAGAGAGUUAAAGAGGAGAAUAGAAAUGAAACGAUUUGUAAUGCACAGGAACCGAAUAUGUUUGCCAAAAGUUCAUAUAACUGUUUCGCAGAAAAGUUUUUUUUAAGAACAAUAACGAGUCAAAACGCACAUGAUCCAAGUAAAACCAUUUGAAUGUAGCAGUAGACAGUCCCACCUUGCCGGAAAAUGUAAUUCUGAUAAUCAAAAAAAAAUAAGGAAAAGUCGUUUUAAUUUGUAUGCUCACUUCUUCCCUGUUAGAAUGCAAUUAAACUAAAUGCGUAGAAUGAUGCUAAUAAAGGAAAUCUAAGAUCGGUAGCAGCUCCAUUUCUCUACAUUUGAUCGGAAACCU